GUAUAUUGGUUGAACCAGGACACCUUAGUUUAAUAUAAUAAAAAAAAGGGCAAAAAGUAAGUAACACCAGCAUCCACCUUCCUUCUCCCCCUUCAAAGAAGAAGCCUGGGUCUGCGGUCAAGUUUCUCAGGCUACAUAUCUCAUUGAAUUAACUAUAUAUAUAUUUAUAAACUCCUCAAAGUUAGAGCUGAGUGUGUAAUCAUUAUUAUGCCUUCAAAUUGCACAAGCCUGGUGUUCAGAGCCCCUCAUGUUUUGGGACAAGCCAGAAUAACCAACAACACCAAGAAAUUAACACCAACAAUCCAUGUUGGAACUUGUUUCCCAUGGUAUGGGAAAAAAACCCACCAAAAGAAGAAGCUUUUCCACAUUGUUUCUCAGUUAAAGUGUAGCCAAAACUACCCUUCUUCUUCAGUAAUGGAAGAUGAGAGGAAUCUGGUUGUUUCAUCUUUAGGACCAGACAAGUAUUCCAAGGAAUUGGAUGUUGCUGUAAAGGCUGUCCAGAUGGCCUGUUCACUAUGUCAGAAAGUUCAAGAGAGUUUGAUUUCUAAAACCAAUAGUCAAAUCCAUUCUAAAGAUGAUAAUUCUCCUGUUACUGUGGCUGAUUGGAGUGUUCAAGCAACCAUUAGCUGGAUACUAUCCAAAUCUUUCGGGUGUCGAAAUGUGUCCAUUCUUGCAGAAGAAGAUGUCGAAAGUCUCUCUAAAUCUGAUUCAAAAGGGUUAUUAUCUGCUGUAGUGGAAACAGUCAAUGACUGUCUAGUUCAAGCACCUCAUUUCGGACUCAAGGGUCCAGAAAAGCUGCUCGGGAGUUCCGACAUUCUUGAAGCCAUCGGUCGAUGCAAUUCAAAAGGAGGUCCUACUGGUAGUUUUUGGGCACUCGACCCUGUUGAUGGUACAUUGGGGUUUGUACGCGGUGAUCAAUACGCUGUCGCUUUAGCAUUGAUAGAGGACGGAGAAGUUGUGCUCGGUGUUCUAGGUUGCCCGAACUAUCCAAAGAAGAAGGAAUGGCUAAGUUAUCACCAUCGGUAUCAUAGAAUUAUAUCUAAACUGACUCCGACAACAUCCGAAUCAUGGGAUAAAGGGUGUGUACUUUAUGCAACGAAAGGCAGCGGCGAGGCUUGGAUGCAACCAUUACGCCAGACAAAUAAGCUGCUAGCAUGGCCGAACUCUGCAAUACCGAUACGAGUAUCUGCCAUCGAUGAUCCAGCAUUGGCUACUUUCUGUGAACCGGUUGAGAAGUCAAAUUCGAGCCACUCCUUCACUGCAGGAUUAGCUCACAGUGUUGGCCUUAGGAAGCAACCGCUGCGUGUAUACAGCAUGGUGAAAUAUGCAGCAAUAGCACGAGGCGAUGCUGAAAUAUUCAUGAAGUUUGCGAGGACAGGGUACAAGGAAAAGAUAUGGGAUCAUGCGGCCGGCGUGAUCAUCAUACAAGAGGCUGGUGGUGUGGUAACUGAUGCGGGAGGUUCCCCAUUGGAUUUUUCCAAAGGUAUCUUCUUGGAAGGUCUUGAUCGAGGUAUAAUCGCUUGUGGUGGAGCUAAACUACAUGAAAGAAUCACCAAAUCUGUUGAUGCUAGUUGGAACUGUUCUAGUCUAUAGUCAUUUUUAUAAAUUUUGUUCAUUGAUUGCUACAAAAAGAAAAAAAAAAUGGUUGGCCUAGUGAAGGUGCUAAGCCAUAGUUGUGUUUUGUUCAUUUGUGUUUAUAAAAAGCUCAAGAUAUUAGGGUACCAAGUCAUUCUUAUAAAUCAUAGUAUUGGAAAAGGAUUUUGGAAGAAAA